AUGUCAGGAGACGGCGCAUACAUCGCCAACAGAUCUUCAGUCUGCUUCCCCUCAACCGAACAGUGCUACAUCCAACUUCAACCCGGAAGUGGAGGCGGCUGCGUAACCUCCGGUCCGUUCAAAGACUGGACCAUCAACCUCGGCCCCCUCGCCGCCGUCUCCCUCCCCCCUCCGACCCCAAACCCCCAACCCGACGGCCUAGGCUACAACCCGCGCUGCCUCUCCCGCGACAUCUCCCUGCAGUCCUCCGCCGAAACCAGCGACUCCGUCGUCGCAUCCCUCAUCAAAGACAACACCACCAUCACAUCCUUCCAAACCGUGCUCGGCGGCGAAUUCGCCCAGGGCAAAAUGGGUCCUCACGUUGGCGGCCACAACACCAUCGGCGGCGACGCAGGUUCCGAUUUCAUUAAUUCGCCUGCGGACCCGGCGUUUUUCGCGCAUCAUGCGAUGGUGGAUAGGGUGUAUUGGACGUGGCAGAAUUUGGAUUUGGAGGCGAGGAAAGAGGCGAUUGCGGGGGGGACGAGUGGGGUGGGGGAUCUAGGGGAGGCAGGGACGUUGGAGGAUGUUAUUACGUUGGGGGAGUGGCUUGGGGUUGAGAAUGUGACGAUUAGGGAGGCGAUGAGUACGGUGGGCGGGCCGUUUUGUUAUGUUUAUGUCUAG